CAGGAAUCUGGAUAAUUAUCAGAGAAAACCUUAUAUGUCUUUUUCACCAAAACUGCAUUGAAUUUUCUUUUCUAGAGAGAGAGAGAGGGAGAGUGAGAAGAAAAAAAAAAAUUUAAUAAUAGCAAAAAAGAAAAACAAAGUCAUAGGAAAUUCAGUCCCUUUUUCCUUUACCUUCUCUUCCCUUUCUCUCUGUUCUUUCUCUCUCUCUCUCUCUCUCUCUCUGCCUCUCAAAAACGCGGAUUCAGGAAUUCUAUCUUAAAAAUUGCAUCUUUCUUGCAAAGACUAAAUCUUUCUAUUAUAAAUAUUCCACCCAACAAUACCCAGAAGAAGAAGAAGAAGAACAAGAGUAAGCCGAAUUUUCGUUUUUAAAUUUUUUUUUCUUUUCUUUCUUUUCAUUUCAUUUGAAAAUAAGUGGACAAAUUGUUGCACAAGGAGAUUCUGUAGCUGCGGAAGUCCUGAAUUAGCUCAAAUACGAUAGAAAAAGAAAAAACGUCUGUGCCGUUUCAAAAUCGCUGUAUCUAGAUCUAAAUUUUGGAGUCAUUUCAUUGAAAAUUCAGUCGUGGACAGUUUGUUAUGGCUUCGGCGGCUAUAUUCUCGUCUCUAAGACGGCGGAGGUCGCCGUCGUUGGAGGCGUUCUUAGCGCCGGUUGAUUUGACCGAUGUCGCCCUUGUACAGACUUUGGCAUCGGUGUCAACCGAGCUGGUCUCAUGUUACUCGGGGAAAUCAUUUCCUUUUCAGCGAAAGAAUUCGCGUUCUCUGAUUCGAAAGAUUGAGCUCUUCGUUGUUUUGUUAGAGUAUUUGACGGGUUCUGGGUCAGGUUCCAAAUUAUCUUCAACGGCGGUUGUUUGUUUUAAGGAGUUGUAUUUGCUUUUGUACCGUUCAAAAAUAUUGCUUGAUUAUUGUUCACAGGCUAGCAAGUUAUGGCUAUUGUUACAAAAUCAGUCAAUUUCAGGGCAUUUUCAUGAUCUAAAUCAGGAAAUAUCAACCCUUUUGGAUGUAUUUCCAUUGAAUAAUAUUGAAUUGAGUGAGGAUAUUAGGGAGCAAAUUGAGCUUAUGCAAAAACAGGCAAGGAAAGCCAAAUUAUAUAUUGAUAAGAAUGAUGAGGCCCUAAGGGUUAGGUUCUUUUCAUUUCUUAACGAGUUUGAGAAUGGGAGAAUUCCUAGCCAUGUUGACCUUAGAUUGUUUUUUGUGGAUAAUUUGGGGAUCAGGGAUGCCAAGAGUUGUAGAACGGAGAUUGAAUUUUUGGAGGAACAGAUUGUUAAUCAUGAGGGAGAUGUUGAACCAACUGCUUCUGUGCUUAAUGGGUUUGUUGCAAUUACAAGGUAUUCUAGGUUUUUGCUUUUUGGGUUCGAGGAAAAUGAGGUGGAGUUGCAAUUUGGGAAUCAGAAGAAGCCAAGAAAAAGGUUGAUCACUCAAGAGAUAGCAGAUACUUUUAUCACAAUACCAAAGGAUUUUUGUUGCCCUAUAUCAUUGGAUUUGAUGAGAGAUCCAGUGAUUAUUUCUACAGGACAGACUUAUGAUCGGAGUUCGAUAUCUAGGUGGGUAGAGGAAGGGCACUGUACUUGCCCCAAAACAGGGCAAAUGCUCACCAAUACUCACCUUGUACCCAAUCGGGCUUUGAGGAAUUUGAUUGUACAGUGGUGCACUGCCCAUGGAAUCCCCUAUGAGCCCCCAGAGAACAUGGAUUCAUCUGCAGAGGCUUUUGCUAUGGCAUUACCUACUAAAGCUGCAACUGAAGCUAACAGAGCUACAGCAUCACUUCUCAUUCUACAACUGGCAAAUGGGUCACAAGGUGCAAAGACUAUUGCUGCCCGUGAGAUCAGAUUGUUAGCAAAAACAGGAAGAGAAAACCGUGCUUUCAUUGCAGAAGCUGGGGCUAUUCCUCACCUCUGCAAGCUACUAUCAUCUUCGAAUCCAGUUGCUCAAGAGAAUUCUGUAACAGCAAUGCUUAAUCUUUCAAUUUAUGAUACAAACAAAACCCGCAUUAUGGAGGAAGAAGGUUGCUUGGGAUCAAUUGUUGAAGUGUUAAGGUUUGGACUCACGACAGAGGCAAGGGAAAAUGCAGCAGCAACAUUAUUCAGUCUUUCAGCAGUUCAUGAUUACAAGAAGAAAAUAGCAGAUGAAGUAGGGGCAGUUGAAGCCCUGGCAGGGCUGUUAAGAGUGGGGACACCGCGUGGGAAGAAGGAUGCAGUCACAGCUUUGUUUAAUCUAUCAACUCAUACAGAAAAUUGCACGAGAAUGAUUGAGGCAGGGGCUGUUACAGCAUUGGUGGGGGCUCUGGGAAAUGAAGGGGUUGCAGAAGAAGCAGCUGGUGCAUUGGCUUUGAUUGUGAGGCAGUCUACUGGGGCCGAAGCAGUGGGUAAGGAGGAAAUGGCUGUGGCUGGGCUAAUUGGGAUGAUGCGUUGUGGGACUCCAAGAGGGAAAGAAAAUGCUGUUGCAGCUUUGCUUGAGUUGUGCAGGAGUGGUGGGGCAGCUGCAACUGAGAGAGUGCUCCGUGCACCAGCAUUGGCUGGUUUGCUUCAGACUCUGUUGUUCACGGGUACAAAGCGAGCAAGAAGAAAGGCAGCAUCCCUUGCUAGAGUGUUUCAAAGGUGUGAGAAUUAUGCUUUACAUUUUGGGGGAUUGGGUGCUGGAUAUGCAUACGCUGGCAACUCUGCUACAAGUCGGGAUUCAAGUUUCGUUGGUGACGUCUCGGUACCCAUGUCCAUUUCAGUACCCGUUUUGUAGUGGUGGCAAACAGUCUUAUUGUAUUGCGCUCAUAUAUGCUUCUUUUUUGGUUGGUAAUAUUUACAAAUUCUUUCAUUGAAAUUUAGAUGAUAAAAAGAAAAAUUUACAGAAACAUCAUAUCUUGUGUUUUUCCAGAGAAUGAACUGUACUAUUGAGCUGUUAAUUUGUAUACAUGUAAUGUGUAGUAGUUAAGAACAAAACGGAAAUGAUUCAAUAUGAAGAGAAAUGAUCUAAUAUGUGAGCGGUAUAGAACGCUGGUGUAGAAAUCAUAAAAGAUAUGCUAGUCAGGCUCUUGGGGGUAUUAUCGAGAGAGCACCAGUUAUCAAUUGUUUACAUGAAUAAUUCUGCAGCAAAAUGCAGUUGUUUACUA